UGACCCUGGAAGUUAGCGGUGGGUGCUACAGUCGCACGGCUUGGAUUUUUUUUGUGUUUUAAACAAAUUCUGAGGCUGCUCCCGUCUUUUGGUCGGAGAUUCUGCUGCUUUAAACAUAGUUAGAAGGAGGUAGAGCGGGUCGUCUACCAAUCAGAAGAAAUCUUUUGCCAUCAUGUUCCUCACCCUCACCCUUCUGCGGAAAGGUAUUCCUGGAAAGCAGUGGAUCGGAAAGUAUCGGCGCCCUCGACAGAUUACUUGGCAGAUGAAACGCAACACACUGAAGCAUCUGGAGCGCGAGGCGGAGAACGAGUACUGGAUCAGCCGGCCAUACAUGACCCAGGACCAAGAGCACGGGCACGCAGCAGAACGCAGAGCCCAGAACUGGCUCAAGAUCAAAGAGGCCAAAUUUGCAAAUUUUCCUGAACACAAGUAUGUCAUGGAUCACCUGAGUCAUCUGAGAAUCAGCAAGAACUGGUCAAAUUAAUGUGUAAAAUGGCGUGUAAAGACUGUCUCUAUAGUAUUUAAAAAAUGUUCAUUUGUGCAAAGAAGCUCCGUUUUUGUUGUUUAUUACGGCCAUUAAUGUAGAGUUUGUAUGUCAACUGAGAAGCCACCCUUAAGUGGCCACAAAAGACACUCUUCACUUGCCACAUCUGCAUAAAGCAAAUGUUUUGUUCUGCUAAAACCAGGACUGGAAUUCUUCCAUUUAAUGUAGUUUUCUUUGGAUAAAAUUAACUUCAAAAGUUGUGCUUUAUCUGUGUGUCCUUAUUUAAGAGUUCAUUAACAAAAUACACUUUUAAGUUGAGAAAAUCUGCCUCCCCACUGGGAACAAAAGCUCUUUAAUUUGCACAAGUGUAUUCCAUGAGGAAAACUAAGAAAUUGUAUAGAUUAUCUGGGUCAUUUAGGGCAAAAUUAUGUAACUUUAGCAAACAGUUGAACCCAUUUUAAAAUGUUGUGACCGUAAAGCCUUUUUGAACCUUUGAAGAUUUAUUGUACUGGGAGGAAUAUUUUGUUUUUAAGCUAAGGAAGCACUUUCAUUUCAUUCACAGAUCCUUCUAAGGUGUUUUGUUUGUAGGUGCUGAGCCUUGUUAGUCUAUCUACUGCUCUGUACUUAUGUGAUAAGACGUGCUUUAUGAUUCUUGUUAUUGCUGCAAAUCUAAGGCUCUCCAGAGAGCAUAACACUGCUGUCUAAUAACAGUUAUUGCCAUCACAUAUCAGUAAUAAUGACACUACCAAUAUGUAUCUGGAGGAAGGACCGAUUAAGUGAAGGAAGCUGUGACCCAAAUACAUAUUCACAAAUCACCUGCCCUUAAAUGGAAACACAGAUAUGAGGCUCCUUUAUCUUCAGUUUAUUCAAGACCUUACUCAGCAUUUCUAAGCAAUAAAGCAGACAAUGCAUAACA